UGUUGUCACUUUUCAAUUUGUCAAGCAAUUAUCGAAUUUAUUGAACUUGUGUUUUUGUUAAAUAAAAUCUACCUAAAAAUGGAUAUCCUAGAAUAAUAAUAAACUCCUUACCGACAGAGGCAGCGAGUUGAAAACAUAUUCUAAGUUAAACUAUGACUGAUAAGGAAGUUGAAAGCAAAGAACCUGAUAAAAAACCGCUAGAUGACGAAGCGCUAGAGAAAUUAGCUGUGGAAGAACUUCUCCGUGAGGCAGUUCAAGGAGCUGCAAGAGCUGAAAUUGUAGGUCCCUCGGGUUGGAUAAAAGCCCCUCAACAGAAAACCAACAAACGAUUUCUAGUCAAUACCCUUAGGCAUGCUGUGAACUCGAACAGGCAUCGCAAUUCACGUGCUCAUAUUUCUAAUAAUUCUCAAAAACACGAAACCAAACCAGAGCCAUCCAUAAAAAAAGAUCGGACCAAAAGAAAACACUAA